GAUUCUUAUAACAGACGAGCUUUUAUAAGAAAAAAAAACAUUUCUAAGUUUGAACAUAAGGUCAUAACAAAAAUUUCGAUUGUUUUUGUUGUGAUGGCUUUGGUAACAUUCACAGCAGCUGUAACAGCAGCAGAUAAACUGAAAAAUUUAAUACACACAACUUCGUCAAAACAAAUGGGGACACCUCAACAAACUGCUGGAUUUGAGUUCCUCAACGUUCGAGCCAACGCUCAAAGCACAAAAGGUAUCAGUAAGGAUUACCUGCUAAAUUCAAUUACAAAAUACAUGGAGCCCCUCGCAGCAGGAAAUCCAGCCUUAAUGUGUGUGGUAGAUGAAGCUAGAGAGGUUAUUAACAGUGAUGCCGAGGAGCACCAAGAGCAGUCUUUCGUUAUUCUUACCGAGAAUGAUGCCGGUUCAUCGUGUGCUCUGUUUAUCUAUUUUCAGAAGAGAGAAGAUGGAAAGUAUAACUUCAGAAAGCUUUUGUUUUACGGUGAAUUUAAACUGGCUGCUGAUGUAUUUAUUGUGCGUCACUCGAAAAACAAUUUGUUUUUCUCUAAGUCCGAAGACGUGGUAAAAUAUAUUCCACGGCGUGGUACAACUUAACAAGAUAUAACAGCCCUUUUGGAAGUCAUGAUACCAAUAAUUGCACAAGUUAUGGUGGAAUUUGUUCCAGACGCUCGCAGAAGUAUACAAUAAGGGGAUUGGAGUUAUGUUUUGAGCGCUAAUUAAACACUGGAUUGUAAUUUUUCAGAAAUUUUUUUAAUUAAAUAAAUUGCCAUGCUAAAACAUGUUUACUUUUUUGUGCGCGCAGACGAAUUUACUGUCCAAGUAGCACACCUGAUCAUCAUUAGAAUUCUCUUUAGUCAGGGUAGCUUUAUUAUUUUUGUUAACAAUUUAAGUAUUUAAGUAUCAUCCCACCACUUUCUCCAUAUUACUUUUUGUUAUUUAUAACUAGUCUCUAUAAUAAUUCAGACAGUGCGUCUUUGUGGGUGUGUGUAACAGGCAAAAGUGUUGUGCUCAUUUUCCUUUGAUGUAGCCAAAAACCUUUUGUCUCAAAUGUUAAAUUUUCUGACGUUAUGGCGCGACAUCAAUAACACUACUUUAACGUCAAUAUCUUAUAUUAAAUUAAAGAAGCCAUUAUCUUUUUAUCUAACUUCUUAAUAUGUAAGUACAUCAAUAUAACUUAUUUCGUGUUGUCAAAUGAUUAGUUAUUUAAGUAACAUUGGCGUUGUUAACCGCCUGGAUUGUACAAGUGGGCAAUACAAGCUUUUAGGCAUUCUGAUUGGCUUAGCGCACUUGCCGACGGGCUGU